AUGACCAUUGCUCAAAAGUGCGAGCAAUGCGCUGGCAAGGGCCUCGAGUGUACAUCAAACUACAUCGAACAGCUUCAGAGCAAGCCGCGGCGUCCCCGACGGUUUCGCAGUGCAGACGACAAGGAGAAGCGGUGGAGUGGCGAUGAAAUAACGCGCGUCUCCCCCACUGUGCCAAGCCGACAGCUCUCAAAUCGCUCGGCUCCGGGUGGCACAACAACCUCGGUAUCCAGCGACAGCACAGGAACAGGGGCGGGUCCAGGCCCACGGAUGGAUGAUGCAAUGGCUAUGAUGAGCUGGAUGACCCCAUCAUCUCAUCCCUUACUGUAUACCCGUCCCGGUAAGCAGGACAAGGUCAACCAGCAAGCCGAUCUGCUGCGGUAUCUGUUUAGUCCAACACCUGUGCUACACAAUGACUGGCGCUAUUCGGACGUGGCAGCGCUCGAGCAGGCGCGCGCCAAAGCAUGCGACCUGUGGGAGGAGCAGAGCGGGGCUGUAUGGGACGAGACGCCAAGUGCUGCACACCUCAGUCUCUGGGCUGCUGGCGAGGUGGAACUCGAACGUGUGGGACAAGACCUGGUGGAGACUUUCUUUCAGGUCGUGCAUUCACGUUUGCCGAUCCUCGAGGAGGCCCAGUUCAAGGCCAUGUACAAUGACCCGGACGGGGCAAUGCGGGAACCACUCUCUCACGCACUCCUCGCCGUCGUACUCGCCUUCGGGGCACGGUUUACUGAGCACGCGACAUUCCAGGCCGACCGUGAAGAGAUGUCGGGCCGUGAAGCCGAGCCUGGUCGCAGCCGCAUGUCACAGCUCCUCGUUAUCCGCGCCCGUGAAGUCGUCGAAGCCACAAAGGCGUUCCGCGUCGCGACCCUUGCCAACACUCAGGCGCUGAUGAUCCUUGAGGGUUUGACUGGACAAUCUGUCAUGCUCAAGAAGCAGUACCGGGCUUGCAACCUCGCUCUGGCAGCGCGGCACCUUGAGUCGAUGCGUGAGCCGAUCCUGCACAUUACACCUGCGUGGGACGACAAGCUUCGCACGCAGCUGGCGAUUCGGAUGAUGAUGAGCUUCGAGGGUGCGUUCUUCCGCCUACCAGAUGCCGCGGUCAUCGACAUGGUGCCCCUCAUAUCCCAAACCCUCGUUUCCGCCAGCAACGACGACGAGGUGUGGUUGACGGCCGCGCGGGCCGGGGCUGAUGUCUGCACCAAACUGUGUGCCGAGCUGUGGGUGCCCCGCACUGCGGCAAGCGGCAUCCCGCUCAACACCCUGCGCGACUUUGUGCAUGACCACAGCAAAUGGCGCGACCUGUACUCGUCCAAGCUCGGGCUGCCCGUUCCGUGGCCAGGACACUGGACCGCGUUCACGAUUGUCAAGAUCCUGAGCACGGAUGUGUUGUACCACGCGCUGUGGCUGGUGGCUGAGCGUGCGAUGGCCGACUUUGGGGUUCAGGAGGCCGGGGAGGACGCGAUGAGCGCCAUGUUCUCGUUCGAGGUGAAGCAGGUGUGCGAGCGACUCAAAAAGGAGGCGAUGCACUCUGCGAUGAGGAUUGCGAUGCUGUCUGCCCUCGCGACUGAGCAGGGAUAUCUGCGUGUCGAUCCCCUCGUGCUGUACCGUCCGAUCUACGAUGCUGGCAUGUUCCUCGCCCGGGAAGGGCUCGACGACUGCCUUGGCUGCAUUGCGGGCCUUAGACUCUACUCGGCCGCCUAUCCGCAGAUAUGGGAGCUGGCGGCCGAGAUUGAAGCUGCGUUCUUCAAUUCCAACACGCAGCCGCUGCUUGACUGCCCGCCUCUAAUCUAA